AACCUCUGUCGUCGUCGACAACCUCAACCGCGUUUCUUCCCACAUCGGACUAUCCUCGUCGUGCUCUGCAACUUGAAUAUUGCUUGCGCAUCCUUGCCAAAGCUUCUACUCAACCGUUGGGGUAAUUCGCCUCCGAAGCAGCUCCGCGAACGCCGCUCAACCGCCUACCCCACAGCCACCAUGGUGAAGCCGCUGGUUUCUGCGAUGAAUGCGUGGACAUGCAUCGUCGUGUCCGUAUUCGCUAUCGUCAUCCUCUCCGUCAUAGGCGCCCUAUUUAAAACGAACAGCCACACGAUGAUGGGAUCCAAGGAAGACCCGUCCGAUGGUGGCGCUGUAGCAGGCGCCGUGUUCGGAGCUGUCUUUAUAUACAUCGGGUUCUUCGUUUUCUGCGGUUUCCAAGCCCUGCUCCACAUGCGCGAAGCUCGCCGCGGCGCGAUAGCACUGUCAUAGUCUGAUACUCGAUGCAAAUGCGAGGAUAUGUAUGAACUUGAAACUGUAACACGUGUAGCGGAGCGAGGCAGGUUUAGACACACGGACAUCUUUCUGAUAUCCAGCGUGGCGGCACAUCGUGAAUGACGAUGGCCAACCGCGUAUGGGUGGCUUACGCCGUGGCGUUUGAAUGGCAUUAUGAACUGGGCUUAUAAUAUCCAGCAUUGAUUUCAGGGUUGCUUGUAGAAAUCUAGGUUUUAGCGCAGCAAUUUGCGAUCAAUACAUCUAUCUUAAACCACG